CCAAGGUUUUGAUUAUUCCCUAAUUCUCAGACCUCUUUCUCUCUCUCUCGCUUCCAGCGGACACACCCAACAAACUUUUAGAGAGAGAAAGUAGAGAGAGAGUGAGUGCUCUCAACAAACUCACACUCACUCUCACACACUCACUCAAAUCACUCUAUCGAUUCCGUUACUUGUUAUUAUAUAUGUUUGAAAACCAAAACCCUAAACCAUUCAUUCAUUCACACUCUCUCGUAACGAUUUCAGAAUCGUGUGAAGCAAGAUUCAUUCAUUCAAUCAUGCCUCGCCAACUGCCGCCACCGCCUCCGGUUCCCAACCGCCGUCUCGACCCCAAAAUCUGGCGAGCAUGUGCCGGCGCCGCCGUCCAGAUUCCAACUCUCAAUUCUAGGGUUUACUACUUCCCGCAGGGGCACAUGGACCAGGCUUCGUCACCUCCUCAGCACCUUUCUCAUCGCUUGGUUUCCCGGCCGAUGAUUCUCUGCCGCGUCACCGCCGUGCAGUUUCUCGCCGAUCAUCUCACGGAUGAGGUUUUCGCGAAGCUUGUUCUGCAUCCGGUUACGGAGUCGCCGCAGCGGUUUCCGCUGCCGAGUGAGGAUGACGGCGGUGAGAAGGUUGUGUCGUUUGCGAAGAUUUUGACUCCGUCGGAUGCUAACAACGGCGGUGGCUUCUCUGUGCCGAGGUUCUGCGCUGAUUCAAUCUUCCCGGCGCUUGACUACCAGGCGGACCCGCCGGUGCAGAAUCUGAUUAUCACUGAUGUUCACGGCGUGGCGUGGGAGUUUCGGCACAUUUACCGCGGGACUCCGAGGCGGCACCUGCUUACUACCGGGUGGAGCAAGUUCGUUAACAGCAAGAAGCUCGUCGCCGGCGACUCUGUCGUGUUCAUGAAGAACCCCAGGGGGGAGAUGUUUGUUGGACUCCGCCGCGCCUCUCGGUUUGCCGGCGGCGGCGACGGGGCCAGGCGGAGUUUUCCGAUCGGCGUGGUGAGGAGCAGGGUGGAGGAGGAGGAACCGCCGCAGGAGGAGAGGAGCAAGGAGGGAUUCUCGAGGAACGGGAAGGGGAAGCUGUCGCCGAAGUCGGUUGCGGAGGCGAUGGAGUUGGCUGCACAGGAUAUGCCGUUCGAGGUGGUGUAUUAUCCGAAGGCUGGGUGGUCCGAUUUUGUGGUGAAGGCGGAGGCUGUGGAGGAAGCGAUUCGUGUUAGGUGGAGCCCUGGGAUGAGGGUGAAAAUGGCUGUGGAGACUGAUGAUUCGUCCAGGUUGACCUGGUUUCAGGGAAUGGUCUCUUCGGUCAGUUUUUCUGAUAAUGCCCCUUGGCCACGCUCCCCUUGGCGUAUGCUUCAGAUCACAUGGGAUGAACCUGAAGUGUUGCAGACUUCCAAGUGGGUCAGCCCUUGGCAGGUCGAACAGGUGUCUACCACACCUGGACUUCAUACUGUUUUCCCUCCAACAAAAAGGUUCAAAGCUGCUCAGGGUUCUGGGAUGUUCGCUGAUGGAGAGGGAGACCCCUUUUCUAUGACAAGAUUCACUAAUUCAACAAUGGGACACUUGAAUCAAACAUUGUUGAAUUAUGGUAUUUUUCCUGCUGGCAUGCAGGGAGCCAGGCAUGAUCUAUUUUCUUCAUCAAGUUUUUCCAACUUUCCAAGUGACAACUCUCACUUGUAUAUGGGUAAUUCCUUUGGGAGCAACACAGUGCCCAGGUUGCAUGCUUUGUCAACCGAGCUAAAUGUCGGCAGCUCUCAAUCUGGCGACUUGUCACCAGAUAGCCAUAGUAGUCUGCAUUCCUUGGGAACAGACUCUGUUAGGAACCAGAACAGCAACUCAGCUAAACCUGGGUCUUUUUCAUUUCAGCUAUUUGGUGCAAUCAUUCAUACAAAACAGCCUGAUGAAAGUGGUUCACAGGGUACUGGUUGUACAGGAGAUGAUAGCAGCAAGGGCAACGAAACUGAAGGCAUUGACAACCCGCUGGAUGAUUCUUUGACUUACUCAAAAUUGCUUGACAGGCUUGAUAGCCAAUGCCAAAGAGCCUCGACUGUGGAGGCAUGUUAUUUGUGAAAGUAGUUAUGACCAUGUCGCAUAUAAGUAGCUGUACAGGUUUUUCACGCAGACAGAAAGCUGACCACCCUUUUGACCUUGCAGUCUGCUUGUUUUCCCUUGUUGCUCUUGUUGAAACUUUGGAACAACAAAACUAACUUCGCUAUAUUUGGUCAUGUGUAUCAAUGUUAAUAUCUGAGGACCUUAUAAUAUUGCCAAA